AUGUUCAAGUUACCGACUCGUUGGUUGUCCGUAGGGAGACCUCUCCUAUCUCAAGCUAGCUCCUUGAAAAGCACAGCCUUGGGCCCAAAGCUUGCAGCCAAACAAUUUAUAGAUCCCGGAACCCCUCAAAAGAAGGAGCGAAAGUUGAGAAGAAGAGAGAAAAGAUUAAAGAAACAAAUCGUACGAGAUGUCAACACCUUGAAACAGUAUGACGCAAAGAAUGUCCCAUUUCAGGUAGACCCGGUCUUGGGAGAUUCCAAGUGCCAAUUUUUCACUCGAAUCAUGCAAAAAGUUGAAGACCAGGAUUCAAACUUGGCUCAUGGCGUCGAUAGAACAGAAAUGGAGAAGCUUUUGUACGCAGCAGAGAAAUUGUCCCUCGAAAAUACAUCAACCAAUGAAGAAAUACGUGGAGAGGUUCAGCGUGUUGAAGAAAAUAAAAAGAGUGCCGUGUUGACUAUAUUGAAUUUGAGAAACACCAACAGUAAGGAUAAGAAGAAGUUGGCAAUCAUGUAUGCACGCGAGGAAUUGCAGAGAGAACCAGGUGACACGGCAUCACCCGAGGUUCAAGCUGCAGUAAUGACUGUCAAGAUACACUUUGGAAUGAGGCACGUAAAGGAAAACAAAAAUGAUCAUGCCACUACUGAAAUUGUCAGGGAGUUGGUUCAGUAUAGACAAAAGAUUUUACGUUACUUGAAACGGAAGGAUCCAAAAAAGUACUAUUAUGCAUUAGCUAAAUUGGGGUUGACGGAUGAUGUUAUUAGCGCCGAGUUCAACAUGGGAAGGCAAUACUUACAAGACUACAAAGUAUGGGGCGAUAAGGUGCUCGUUAAGGAAACUCAAAGCGCAAAGAGAAAGAACUUGAAGGUCAAGAAGCUUAGAGACAGAGUUAGUGAGUAUCACGAUUUGGCAAAAAGAAACUACGAGAUCAUGCAAAAAGAGAAUCUUCUCUAG